GAAGUGAAGUACUACGGUCAGGGGAAAUGUUGCAAGUUGUUAGAUCUUGGGAUUUGUCACAUUGGGUCUGAACUGAAGAUGGCUCAAGAAGGUCGAAACAUCGAUGAGCCGGUUCUUGUUGGAGAGGAGAAAGGUUCUGUGAAAUCGUUUACUCUAAACCGCCCUCGUCAGCUAAAUGUCAUCUCUUCGGAAGUGGUCCUCAAGCUUGCAGAAUAUCUCGAAAUGUGGGAGAAGGACGACGAAACAAAGCUUAUAUUGAUCAAGGGUGCAGGGAGAGCUUUCUCCGCCGGUGGUGAUCUAAAGAUGUUUUAUGACGGCCGGGAAUCAAAGGAUUCUUGUCUUGAGGUUGUUUACAGGAUGUACUGGCUUUGCUAUCAUAUCCACACAUACAAGAAGACUCAGGUUUCUCUUGUUAAUGGCAUAUCGAUGGGUGGAGGUGCAUCAUUGAUGGUCCCAAUGAAGUUCUCGGUUGUGACAGAGAAAACGGUUUUUGCAACUCCAGAAGCAAGUAUCGGGUUUCACACCGAUUGUGGGUUCUCCUACAUCCAUUCACGUCUUCCUGGUCAUUUGGGAGAAUUCUUGGCUUUAACUGGGGCAAGAUUGAACGGAAAAGAACUUGUAGCAAUUGGAAUGGCAACACAUUUUGUACCUUCUGCUAAAUUGGCGGAUCUGGAGGCAAGGCUUGUGAGUUUAGACUCUGGUGACAUGGAUGUAGUCCGAUCCACAAUUGAAGAGUUCUCCGAGAAAGUCAACCUCGACCAAGACAGUAUUCUGAACAAGCAGUCAAUAAUCAAUGAGUGCUUCUCAAAAGAAAAUGUGAAGCAGAUCAUACAAGCAUUUGAAGCUGAAGGGAGCAAAGAGGGAAAUGAGUGGGUAACUCCAGUUAUCAAAGGUCUAAAGCGAUCGUCACCCACAGGGUUGAAGAUCACUCUGCAAUCGAUUCGUGAAGGUAGAAAGCAAACACUGAGUGAUUGUCUCAAGAAGGAGUUUCGAAUCACCGUGAAUAUCUUGAGGAGCACCAUAUCCCCUGACGUGUAUGAGGGUAUAAGAGCUCUGACCAUAGACAAAGACAAUUCUCCAAAGUGGAAUCCAGCGACAUUAGAUGAGGUAGAUGACGAGAAAAUUAACUUGGUGUUUGAGCCCUUAGAGGAUGAUAUUGAGCUUCAUAUCCUUGAAACAGAAGAAAACAGGUGGGGAGGCAAAUACGAGACUUCAGGUUGUGCAUCAGUCCUAGAAUAUGCUUUUGUUGGUGUCUAA